AUGGACAUUGAUUCUGAACCUUUAUCAUCAACCGUCGGCAUGUCAAAUUUAGACGAAGAUUUAAUGGAAAGAUUACGAUCGAUUACAACAUGUAAUCGUGAAGAUUUAAUAGCACAAUUUCGUUCAACUACCAAUGCUAUGUUAACAGAUGAAGGCUGCGCUUUUUUUCUCGAAAUGAGUAAUUGGAAUUUAAAUGAAGCUAUUCUUGCUUAUUAUGAUGCUGAAAUGCCAACAGAUAAAAUUCCUCAAAUGCGUUUUGUUGCUGAUGUAACUGUUGGUGAAGGUGAAGCCAUUCCACCAAAUACACGAUUUGUAAAAACUUGGCGAGUUGAAAACUCUGGUAACGAACCGUGGCCAAGUAAUUGCUCGUUACGUUUCGUUAAUGGUGAUCGAUUACAAGAUCGAGAUGAAAUUUACGUUGGAUCAUUAGCACCAGGUGAACAAGCAAAUAUUUCUGUCGAUAUAACUAGUCCGGCUGCUUCAAAAAUUAUUAGAUCGCAAUGGCGUUUGUUUACUUCAGCCGGUGUCCCUUUCGGAGAUCCAAUAUGGUUAAUUGCCAGUGUUGAAGAAGGUGGACUAAUGGGUAUAACUCAACAACUUGAACAAUGUCAUUCACUUGGUAUGAACGUUAAUUAUCCACAACAGAUGAGCAAUCAAAUAGAUGGCAUGCCACCAUCAAAUAAUUUAUUUUAUCAAACAUCUUCUACAAAUCCAUUUCAAAAUACGAGAUGGCCUACGUCAGAUGCCAAUAAUGCAGCUGGCUGGACGAAUUAUCCAAUUGUACCUGUUACAGAAUAUUCUCGAACGAGCAAUAUUAAUCAUCAACCAUCGGAUCCGUCAUCAUCAUCAAAUGGAAUGGUUGAUGAUAAUUCUUUAGACACAUAUUAA